AAAGAGAAGAUCAAAAUCAAAAUCAAAAUCACUAGUCCAUAAGCUCAUCUGUUCACUUUUUUUCCUAGUACUAGUAUUAUAUACAUAUUGCUUUUCAACUUAAAACAAAGAAGCAGUAUAUUCAAAAUCUUGAAAUAGUGAUGGAGGUGAAUGUUGCAAUUCACAAGUUAACUCUAAAACGCCGUUUCUACUCUUCCCAGAAAGCUUACUGUUGAUAAAUUAGCUAAAGAUUCUUCCUUUUUAAAGUUUCUUCAUCCACUCACUUCAGAUUUUGAGAUGUUACUGUCAUUUUGUAGAAAAAUUAAGAAUUAAUUUGUUAGUUUUCUUGUUCUUGGUCUUUAUAGGGUAAUAAAGAUUUGAUUUUUAUUCCCAAGUUGAUACUGUUGUUCAAGAUUAUUGUUGUUUGGUAUGGAAAUUUGCAUGGAUAGUACAAUUCUGUUUAUGGGUAUUGCUUUUCUUGGAUUCUUGGUUUCAUUUUGUGUUGCUGAUUACUGAAUAGGGUUAGUUGGCUGUGUUGGUUCAAUCAAGAUUUUGACUCUUUUUUUCUGGUGUGGGGUUUGGUUUUUUGAGCUCUGGGAAGAGGGAGAAUGGGAAAAGAUGAUGGUAUGCUGCUUCUUUCAACAGUAGGACCGCCAAUAAAGCGGCGAGCAGGGUUGAGAAGGAAGCAGGCAGGCAGAGGAUCAUAUAGAGGAAGUUAGGUAUUGGGAUAAGGGAAGAAAAUUGG